AAAGAUGGCUACCACGGCGUCACUAUAUCCGGUGGCGGUUCGCGCGAGAUAAUUUCUUCCGCGGCUUUUAUUAUUUUAUUUUGAAAGUUGCCACCGGAGCUGGUUGAAGUGGAGUCGGGAUGAAACGUAGCCGUAACACUGCGACAGGCAAGUCUGGAAAACAGAGCCAUAAAAGAAAGAGCUCUCGGGAGGAUGCAGAACCUGCCAAGAAGAAACAACAAACUGGCCCAGCACCAAGGACAGGGGCACCUCCUGGUGGAAAGAAAAUGGUGAAAGUCUCUGCGAAGUGGAAGCCUCUGUCUCAAAGUUCCCUGGAUUACCUGAGCACUACCUUCAGCAUGUCCAUACUUUCAAUUUUGGCUGGUAAAGGAAAAGAAAAGGAAGAGAUUCAGAGGCAUCUAAAUAUCAUUAAGGACAGGUUUCUGGCUCAGUGUGCAAAGCUUAAGGUUCCUCCAGGGAAGUUUGUGGACAUCGGCCGUGUUCGACACCUGCAUUUGACUGAGAAACGGAAGACAACUGCUGGGGAGACAAGUCUCCACUCCCUAGAGCAUGAAGUGGGUAAGAUAAGUGAUAUGCUGGAAAAAACCGAUGUGGAAAUUGAGAAUUUUGAUGAGAAAAUACGGAUUUUGAGUAACCAGCUAGAAGAGGCAGAAACUGAGUCCCAAGAGCUUUUACAGAGAUGUGAAAAGGAUGUUUUGCACCUUCCACGCCUACCUGACAGCGGGUUUACAGGGUUGAUUCAACAGGAGGAGAUGUUAAAGAUCCCAGACCCUCAAGCGGCUCUCCAGGACGUGCUUGCGAUUCAAAGCAGCAAAGAGAUGCAGAACAUGCUGGCUUUCCUGGAGCAGGCACACUCGCAGGCUGAUGAUCUGUGGCCCUAACCAGGAUGCAUCUGCAGAUACAGAACAGGUGCUCAGGGCUCUGGUCACUGGUGUGAACGCUGCUGACUACUGGAGGAUUUCUCAUUCCUGAUGACUUGCCACCACACAAAGCUCCUCUGCUGACAGACCCUGACCUGAGGACUAAAUCACCAAGCCUGAACUGCACUGUAUAUAGUUUUCUAACAGCUAGUAAUGAUUAAUAAAUAAUCUUUAGAUAUAUUUCUGGCUGAUGCAUUUUUGCUUUUCUGACUUGUAUUAUUAUUAUUUGUAACCUGCUAAAUCUUUCACAUGUAUGUUUAUAUUCUCAAAUAAAUGUUUCAUGAUGAACAAAUUA